AUGGGGCUCCCCAAGGGAGGCUUGGCACACUGCGGAGGAACAAGAGGAAGCCAUGGGGGAGGGGAGGAGGUCGCAGGAAGACCGCUGGCCGAGAAAGAGGGGCUCUUGCUAAGCUCUCCGGGCUGUGAGCGAUCCCGAGCCGCCCUGCCGGCUCAGCCUGUUGCCCCGAGGCGCCUCCACGGUGCGACUUCGCCCUGGCCCGCGUCCGCCAGCCCCCUCCCCCGCGCCAUGAAGUCACCUUUGACCCAAGAGGGUGGGGGCGGCCGGCGGCAAAGGCUCGAAGAAGGGGGGCGUCCUGCGGAACAACACGCACAGGCUCCGCUGGAGCCCCGAAAGGAACACGGCCAUUCCCCGUGUCGCGGGGAACCCAGCUCUGAGGAGCUGCCCAUCCCUCCCCGGGCAAAGCGGGCACCGAGGGGCCGGGACUCGCCCCAGAGAUCAUCCAGUCUGACCCGCCCGGACAGACCUCUCCCACGCAGCCGCUUCACGCGACGACCCAGCGGCUCUUCGGCCCACCGCUCGGUCUCCUCCUCGGCCCGCCUCCCAGCGGAGAGAGGCGCACGGCCACCACACGCAGGGGAGCACUGCGGUUCCAGAGAGGAGCGCCGCCUUCGGAAGCGGCCUCUCGGGUCCGGUGCGGCGCUCGCCGGCGGCCUCCGCUCGCCAUGUCCGCUGCCGCCCCAGCGCCGCCGCCGCCCGCCGCGGGCACCCCCCCGCGCCGCCGCCGGCCUCGCGACGCCCCUGUCGCCCACGCGGCUCUCGCGGCUGCAGGAGAAGGAGGAGCUGCGGCAGCUGAAUGACCGCCUGGCGCACUACAUCGAGCGGGUGCGCGCCCUCGAGCUGGAGAACGACCGGCUGCUGCUGCGCGUCUCCGAGAAGGAGGAGGUCGUCACGCGCGAGGUGACGGGCAUCAAGGCGCUCUACGAGUCCGAGCUGGCCGACACCCGGCGGGUGCUGGACGAGACGGCCAGGGAGCGGGCCAAGCUCCAGAUCGAGAUCGGGAAGCUGCGGGCCGAGUUCGAGGAGCUCCGGAGGAGCUACAAAAAGAAGGAUGGGGAGUGGUCCACAUCUCAGGGUCGCAUCAAGGAGUUGGAAGUCCUCUUCCAUCGAAGCGAAGCAGAGCUCACUGCCACUCUGAGUGAGAAGCAGAGCCUGGAGGCCGAAGUGGCUGAUGCGCGUGCCCAGCUGGCAAAGGCAGAGGAUGCCCACGCCGUGGCCAAGAGGCAGCUGGAGAAGGAGACCCUCCUGCGGGUGGACCUGGAGAACCGCUGCCAGAGCCUCCAGGAGGAGCUCGACUUCAGGAAGAGCAUCUUUGAGGAGGAGGUGAGGGAGACGCAGAAGUGGCAUGAGCGCCACCUGGUAGAGACCGACAGUGGUCGCCAGAGGGAGUACAAAUCGAGAGUUGCCCACGCCCUGGAGGAGCUGCGGAGGCAGCACGACGACCAGGUCCGUCUCUACAAGCUGGAAUUGGAGCAGACCUAUCAAGCCAAGCUGGAGAGUGCCAGGCUCUGCUCGGAUCAGAAUGAACGGGCGGCCAGCGCCGCUCGGGAAGAACUGAACGAGGCCCGCAUCCGGAUCGAGGCGCUUAGCUAUCAGCUCUCCGGACUGCAAAAGCAGGUGAGCACCGCGGAAGAGCGGAUGCGGGACCUGGAGGAGCUGAUGGCCGGAGAGCAGGAGAAGCUGCGGAAGAUGCUGGAUGCCAAAGAGCGGGAAAUGAUGGAGAUGCGGGAGCAGAUGCAGCAGCAGCUGAUGGAAUACCAGGAGCUCCUGGAUGUCAAGCUGGCCCUGGACAUGGAGAUCAGUGCUUACCGGAAGCUUCUGGAAGGGGAAGAGGAGAGGCUCAAGCUGUCUCCUGGCCCCCCACCCCGCAUCACUGUCUCCCGAGCCACCUCCUCUGGCGCCUCAGCCACUCGCUGCUCACGGGGGAAGCGGAAGCGGGCGGAGGCCGAAGAGCUGCCGGGCAGCGUGUCUGGUGGGGUUGGAGGCAGGACCGGCACCAGCAGCCUCCAGGCCAGCCAGCAAGCCUCAGCUAAAGGGAGCGUCAGCAUUGAGGAGGUGGACCCAGAGGGGAAGUUUGUUCAGCUGAAGAACCAUUCUGACAAGGAUCAGUCUCUUGGAAACUGGAGACUGAAGAGGAAGGUUGGCGAGGGAGAGGAGAUUGCAUACAAGUUUACUCCGAAGUACGUUCUCCGGGCUGGGCAGACUGUGACGAUCUGGGCUGCUGAGGCUGGGGUGGCACAUAGCCCACCCUUGGUCCUAGUCUGGAAGAACCAGGGCAGCUGGGGCACUGGAGACCAUAUCCACACGUACCUGGUGAACGCCGAUGGAGAGGAAGUGGCUGUGAGAAGCCUGACCCAGCUGUCCACUGUGCUGCAGGAGAAUGAGGAGGACGAGGAGGACGAGGCUGAGUUUGGGGAGGAGGACCUCUUCCACCAGCAGGGGGAUCCGAGGACAACAUCCAGAGGAUGCGCCAUCAUGUGAAAGGAAGGAACCCACUUGGCUUUAUGUUUUCCUCCCUCCCUUUUCUUUCUUUUACCUAUGUCUAUGGAAAACUAUUUUUCUAAGUCUUCUAUGGCUUAUUUUUACUUUGAGUGAAAGUGAGUUUUCAGGCCCUUUUAAAAAGCAAGAAGUGAAUCAGCCAGAGCCCCACCAGUUGCCUGCUGCGUUCCCACUGUUGCUUUUUAGCCAUGAGCUGAAGGGCAGGGAGUCUCCUGCUACUUGCAAGGAGUAAGAGUUGGAAUGGGGCUUUGGACUCCAAAUUGAAGGGGUUGCAGCUUGAGGAGUGCUUCUGUGCUCUUCUGCUCCCUUGGGCUUCCUGGAAUUUGGAACUUGCCUCAGGUCAGACUAAAAAAUCACAGAAUUGGAAAUGGCACCCAAGGAUUAUCUAGACUCGUCCCCUCUGUUACAGGAAGUCUGCCAGUCUGCUUGAACGUCUCUGACAAAGAGAUCCCACCAAAGUUAGCACUCUGUUGUGAAUCAGAUUUGUGGCUGGACGGGGCCACCCCUUGGAAGCCACUGCAAAAGGAUUUGACAAAGGUGAGUGGGGCAGCAGAGUAUCUCCGUCUGUCACGUGGUUGGCAGCAAAUAACAUGCUGGGAUUUGAGACCACAUGAGACCCCUGUUGAGAUGGGACACGUGCCAUGCUGCUUCUCAGGACAGUGUUGAAUAAGGAGGGUGCACUGCGUAAGAACGCUGACCCGCCAGCUGUCUGCAUCUCUGUCAGUACCUUGGCAUAAUCUUCCUUAUUUAAGUGUUGUGAAAAAAAGAAGCCUUCGGUAGCCAGUUAUCUGCUGGAAGAUUGUAGAAAUACCCAAGAAAUCUGAUCUUGUCAACAUUUUGUAUUUUGGGAUUCUAAGGUAUUUUGAAAUGCAUUCCAGCUGGAGUUCUUACCACUAAGUGUUUGCCCUCAAAUGAAUGUCCCAACUUAGAUUAGCGCUCAUUGUCCAAAAAUGAAACCCUAAAAGUUAUGUGACAUUUGUGUUUAGCUCUGAUCUGAUCUUCCUCUUCAAAUGCUAGCCUUGAAACUCUGCCUUGGUUCUUUGUUGUUUUAUUUUUUUAAAAGAGCAUAAAAAAUUGGCGUCUUAAUGAAAAUAUCCUUGAGAAUUUCAGUGAGCUACAUUCCCGAGGGCUGGUAGAUAGUCCAUCACCUGAGACUGUGCCACACUGAGCAUCUGAACGGCCGGGUGUCCCUUUGCGGGCCCUGUCCUGCGAGAGCCGCCUCCGAUCACCACACUGUGAAAUGCACAUCUCCCUAACCAGUCCCCUUCGGGCGGGCCAGCCGUCAAAAGUCUCGCUCGCUCUGAAGUCUGAAGGGCUUGCAAGGGCCUUGGGAGUCUCCAAAACGGGGAAGAUCCCCAGAUUCACACAGUGCAAACAGGACUUCUGACCCUGGGUCCACUCGCAACUUUUAUGACAUCUCUGUGGCUUUAGCUCAAGGGUGUGUGGACGUUUUGACAGCAGUAAGACAUGCUGUCAGAAAAUAUGUAACAAAGGAAUGGGUUGGAUAUCUGUCUGAGAGAGCACUUAGCUGUAGCAGAAUUGAGAAGGAGAAAUCAAACUUAAUAUGAAAAUAAUCCUUAAGGAGCAAACAUUUCAGAGAUGUUUUAAUGCUACGUAGUGUGUUAACGACCAAUGUGAAUUAAUGUGAACGUGUUUUAGGUUUAGAAGCUCUGAUCCACGUUUUAUGGAUCCAUCCACUAGUGGUAAACCCUGAAAAGGGGGCCUGAUGCUGGAUAGAGUUAAACCAGUUGCUCUCCCCCUCCAAUAAUACUCCUGCCCGGCUUGAAGGAGGGAGGCUGGAGGGCGCCCGGGUGGUGCCCAGGGCCCAGUCUCGGGGGUCGCUUGCCUGAGUCACGCUACCUCACUGCCUGCUCCUCUGCUCACCAGGCUCACUGGCAGCUGCCUCUCUGGGCCAGCCAGUGCCCACUUCCCCAUGGAAAGCAGAGACGUGACUGGUGCGCAGGCGCCUCGGCAGAAGAAUCCUGGGGGUGAAACCGCCACAGUUGAGCCAGGGACCCUUGGCGCAGCCCCCCCCCCCCCCCCCCCCAUGGUCCAGGCUUUGUGCUGGAUUCUGGCAGCGCCACUCGGGGCUGCGGCCGCAGCUCUCCUUUUCAGCUGCGCUCUCGUUCAUCACAGCUUCACUCCGGAACCCAUCUGGCGCUUUUUCAUAGCAAAAGCGUGGCUUUUUGCAUGGCUAGGGGCCACCCUGUUCUGUUUUUCGCUGGCCCAGGGCUGGGGCAGAGGAGGCUGGAAGGUUUGCUAGUCCAGUCAUUCCAGGUGCACUGAGACCUCUUUGCCAGGGUCUUCUGCUUCUCAGCCACAACCAGCAGGUGAUGGCUUGCCGCCCCCUCAGCCUUGUUUGGUAAUUUGUCUUGACGGCAGGCAGCAUCUUUGCAGAAGGAGGUUCCCAAGGAGAACCUGCAGAAGAGGGGUCCUGCCAUCGCAGAACACGGACGGGUCAGGAGCGGAGGCCGUGCAACUCCCCAGUGGGGAGGGAGAACCACUGGGCCUCCGGUGCCUUUUCCCUCUUAGCUUCUGGAGUUAAGGCUGGCCUGCUGCUUGUGGUAGGAGGCCACCGAGGAGCAUUCCCAACACUCUGGUGCACACAGAGAGUCAAGCCGCCCAGCCCGAGUCCCUUGCUCCGCUGCCAGCUGGGCUCGGGGCUUGGUUGGCCCUCCUCCCAGUGCCUUGGCUGCCAUGGGACUGCCCCUGUGGAUCCCUCAGGCCUUCUGACGCAUCUCCUCUUGCGCAUCUGAAACCGCCAGCCAGAUCGCCCCUCUUCACACACACAGGCCCUUUGUUGGGAACAGGACCUCCACCGUGCCUGCCUCAAAAGUCUCGGGGCAUAAAGGCUGCAGCGAUUUUCAGGUGAAUCCACUGUUCUGUCUGCAGGAGAAAGCGGAGGACGGUGGUGUUCCCAGGUUGUAAGUGCGCUAUCCUUCAGACACCCACCCACCCACCUUCCUUUCUUCACACACACACACACACACAGGCCCCUUCCCCAGAGUUUGUAGGAGCUAAUGCUGGACAUGAGGUGCAAUUUUGUUAGGGCAGUAUUUUGACUGCCUUGAUCUUUCUGUCCGUGUCUUGCUUUGCUCCGUGGAAGGCCAUUCUCGCUGAGUGUCCAAGAGUAAAUGGAGGGCAACCAGGUUAGUGGGCAGAGCCAUUUAGCGCCUGAUUGGUAUUUGGUGGUGGUGUGAGACAGUGUUUUUUUGAUCUGGAAAUAUGCCUUGCUUUGUACUUGAGACAAAAUGUCAUUUCUUGUAUGUUUUAAAUCCAUGUUUACACAUGACUAUUGCUAAAUCUUAACACCACAAAGUUCAGUGAACAAUUGGAGUACAGAACACUGGUUAUUCGUGGGGUGGGCAUUUAGGGCCCCCUCCAUUUCAUCUGUCCAUUGACCACCCCAGCCAUGUCAGCUUUCCUCAGCCUAUCCCCUGGCUUCCUCCUGAUGACCUCUACCCUGGAAGAAAAUAACCUGUUCCAGCGUUCCGUUCAAGCGUUUUGUGGAGUCCUUUUCUCACCAGUCUAAAUCCAGAAGAUAUUCCCAGGAAGGAAUACCGAGAGCGCUUGGCUAGCCCUGCAGAACUACACUACGUUUUGCAAGCAAUGCUUUCUGGCACCCAUCGUGCAGCAGAGAGACAAGCUUUGACUUUGUACAAACCCAUUUCCUUAUUAGAACUCUAUUUUUGUAGCAGCGUGGUUUUUUUUACUUCGAAGUUUUGUUUCUAAAAAGCGGGAGCAGCUGUGUUUGCGCGAAAGGAUCUGCACCUCCCAGCUUCAGACAAGCGUGAUGGGGCACUUAAUGUUGGCAGAGGCACAUCCUUGGGAGGAAACUGACCUAGACGGUCGCAUUUCAAUGUCAUUUUUGUGUUCUUAUGGAUAUGCAUGCUCAAUGUCUGUCUUUUUCAGCAAUUUGUAAUACAUUUUUUUGACUGGAAACCUUUUGUACAACACUCAAAUAAAUGUUUUGCAUUUUUA